AUGACGACUAGGAACGGGCAAAUCAAAAAUUUCACUUCGAAUUCCGGACCUCAACAUCCUGCUGCUCAUGGUGUUUCACGAUCAGUAUUGGAAAUGAACGGAGAAGUGGUGGAACGUGCGGAACCACAUAUUGGAUCACUCCAUAGAGGGACUGAGAAAUUAAUAGAGUACAAAACUUAUCUUCAAGCUUUACCUUAUUCUGAUCGUUCAGACUAUGUUUCUACGAUGGCCCAAGAACACGCUCAUUCUUCAGCCGUAGAGAGACUUUUGAAUUGCGAGGUACCAUUACGAGCUCAAUAUAUACGAGUGUUAUUCCGUGAAAUCACUCGAAUUUCAAAUCAUUCACUUGCUUUAACUACUCAUGCUAUGGAUGUGGGAGCAUCAACUCCGUUCCUGUGGGCUUCUGAGGAGCGGGAGAAAUUGUUGGAAUUCUAUGAAAGAGUCUCGGGAGCCAGGAUGCAUGCCAGUUUCAUACGACCAGGUGGAGUGGCACAAGAUCUGCCUCUUGGCUUAUGUCGAGAUAUUGAUUCCUCCACACAACAAUUUGCUUCUCGUAUCGACGAAUUAGAAGAGAUGUCAACCGGCAACCGUAUCUGGAAACAACGAUUAGUGGAUAUUGGUACUGUCACUGCACAGCAAGCAAAGGAUUGGGGAUUCAGUGGUGUAAUGUUAAGAGGUCCAGGGGUAUGCUGGGAUUCGCGAAGAGCAGCACCUUACGAUGUUCAUGACCAAUUGGAUCCUGACGUACCAGUAGGUACCAGAGGAGAUCGCUAUGAUCGUUACUGUAUCCGUAUUGAAGAGAUGCGACAAAGUGUUCGGAUCAUUGUGCAAUGUCCUAAUCAAAUGCCUAGUGGCAUGAUCAAAGCCGAUGAUCGUAAGCUAUGUCCUCCAUCACGAUCUCGAAUGAAACUAUCCAUGGAAUCCUCAAUUCACCAUUUCGAACCUUAUACAGAAGGUUUUUCCGUACCAGCUCCUUCUACCUAUACCGCAGUUGAAGCACCUAAAGGAGAAUUUGGUGUCUUUCUGGUCAGUAAUGGAAGCAAUCGUCCCUACCGUCGUAAAAUAAGAGCACCUGGCUCUGCCCAUUCACAAGGACUCGAUUCUAUGUCCAAACAUCACAUGCCAGCAGAUGUGGUCACCAUCAUAGGUACUCAAGAUAUUGUGUCUGGAGAGGUGGAUAGAUAG